UGGAGGGGAAGUUGGGGGACAUGUGGGGGACAUGUGGGGGGACAUAGGGAUAUGGUGACAUGAGGGGGACAUGGGGGACAUCGGGGGAUGUGGGUAGAUCGGGAUAUGGGGACUUGGGGACACUGGGGGCAUGGGGACCCGAUGCAUCAGGCCGUUGAAGCAGAUGCUGGGGACAGGAGAAAGCAGCCGAGGAUGACCGAACCAGCAGACGGGAUGGCAUGGCCCCGCCCCUCCCGGUCCUCCCCCUUCCUCCCCCUCCUCCUCCUCCCAGCCCGCCACCCCCUGGCCGUGCUGGUGGCAGUGACGGUGAUGGUGAUGCUGCCUCCGCCCGCGCUCCCCUAUGGCUUCCGCAACUGCAUCGAGGCCGCCUGGGCCCCGGGAGUCUUCCGCUGCAUCCAACGCUACCUGGAGUCCCCGGGGCCGGCCGUGUCUGACCUCCCACCACGGGCCUACGCCCUCAACCUCUCCCACAAUGCCCUGCGCCUCCUGCCACCAGCCUCCUUCGCCCGCCUGCCUCACCUCCGCAGCCUCGACCUGGCCUACAACCGCCUGCAGAGCCUCGCCCCCGGCGCCUUCGAUGGCCUUGGGGAGCUCUUGGCCCUUGACCUGUCCUAUAACCACUUGGCCACCUUGGCUGACGGCGUCUUCGCCGGCUUGGGCAACCUGUCGUCGCUCUGGCUGCGGAGGAACCCGCUGAGCUCGGUGUCCCCAGGGGCCUUGGCGCCCUUGGUCAACCUCCAGUGCUUGUCGCUGCGGGGAGGGAGGCUGGGAGGGUUGGGGGCAGUGGCGGAGGCGGUGAAGGGCCUGGGGAGGCUGCGGGCCUUGGACCUGUGCUGCAACAACUUGACGGCGCUGGGGCCGGGCCCACCGCUGCCGGCCUCAUUGGUCAACCUGCAGCUGUGCAACAACUCGCUGGGGGGGCUGCUGGGGGCCAGCCCGGCCACCCUGAGGCACGUGCGGACCCUCGACCUGUCCUACAAUGGCAUCUCGCAGGCAGAGGCCUUCAUCCCGCUCCGCCUGCGUAACCUCAGCCUCCUCCACCUCUCCGGCAACCCCUUGGAUGUCUUCCGCCUCCUGGAGGUCUCUGACAUCCGUCCCCACAGCCUGGAUUUCUCCGGGUUGGUGCUGGGGGAAGGCGGGGUGGACAAGGUGUGCUGGUGGCUGCUGGGUCCCCGGGCCUUGUGGAGGCUGAAGCUGCAACACAACAGGUUGCAGAAGCUGCCGAAUGGCACGCUGGCCUCCUGCCCCGUGCUGAAGGAGCUGGACCUGUCCUACAACCGGCUGCGGUGGGUGGGCUGCGUGGGCGGUUUGCUGCGGGGGGAGCAGCAGGGGGAGCUGGCGGUGUUGACAGUGGAGCACAACCUCCUGCAGCGGCUGCCUUCCUGCCGGGGGGCCACGGAGCUGCCGCGCUUGUACAAUGUCUCCUUCCGCUACAACCGCAUCCUGACCAUCGGGCCCAGAGCCUUCGCCUACGCCCCGGCCCUGCGGGUGUUGAAGCUCAACAUCAACAGCUUGGCCCGGCUGGACCGGGAGGCUCUGCGGGGGCUUCGCAACCUGACGGAGCUGCGGCUGGACAACAACCUCCUGACCGACCUCUACCCCGGCUCCUUCGCUGACCUCGGCAGCCUGCGUACCCUCAACCUGCGCAACAACCGCGUCUCCGUCCUCUUCCCCGGUGUCUUCGGGGGCUUGGCCAGCCUCCAGACCUUGGACCUGGGGGGCAACAACCUGCGCCACUUGGCCUCCCGGUCGCUGCUGGGGGUGCCCAUCCUGAGGAAGCUGUACCUGGACCGCAACCGGCUGCUGGAGGUGCGCAGCGAGGUCUUCGCCCCGGUGCAGGCCACCUUGGGUGUGCUGGACCUGCAGGCCAACAACCUGCAGUACAUCACGCAGCGGCAGCGGCAGCAGCCGCCCUUCCGCAACCUCAGCCACCUCUACGACCUGAAGAUGCAGGCGCAGCAGCCCUACGGGCUGAAGGUGCUGCCCCACCGCUUCUUCCAGGGACUGGUGGGGCUGCAGUCGCUGUCGCUGUCGCAGAACAAGCUGUUGGCCAUCCCUGCCGAUGUCUUCCAGGAUCUGGGCCAGCUGAAGUUCCUGACGCUGGCCGACAGCAGCAACGGGAUGCAGGAUCUGCCUGACGGUGUCUUCAGGAACCUGGGCAACCUGCACACCCUGGACCUGGAGAACGUGGGGCUGCACUCGCUCACCCUGGAGGUCUUCGGCAACCUCAGCCGGCUGCGGGUGCUCAAGUUGGCCAAGAACGAGCUGAAGACCUUCAACUACAGCGUGGCCAGCCGGCUGCCCUCCCUGCGCUACGUGGACCUGCGCAAGUGCCCGCUGAGCUGCACGUGUGACAACACAUGGCUGCAGAGCUGGCUGAACAACAGCCGCGUGCAGGUGGUCUACCCCUACAACUACACCUGCGGCUUGCACCACCAUGCCUACGUCUACAGCUUUGACACCCGUGUCUGCUUCCUGGACCUGGGCUUCUACCUCUUCACCGGGACAGUGCCGGUGGUGCUGCUGCUGCUGGUGGUGCCCGUGGUCUACCACCGUGCCUACUGGCGGCUGAAGUACCACUGGUACCUGCUGCGGUGCUGGGUCAACCAGCAGUGGCGGCGGGAGGAAGAGCGCUACGUCUAUGACAGCUUUGUGUCCUACAACUCGGCCGACGAAAGCUGGGUGCUCCAGGAGCUGGUGCCCGAGCUGGAACGCGACUCCUUCCGGCUCUGCCUGCACCACCGUGACUUCCAGCCGGGCCGCAGCAUCAUUGACAACAUCGUGGACGCCGUCUACAACAGCCGGAAGACGGUGUGCGUGGUGAGCCGCAGCUACCUGCGCAGCGAGUGGUGCUCCAUGGAGGUGCAGCUGGCCAGCUACCGGCUGCUGGACGAGCGCCGCGACGUCCUGGUGCUGGUGCUGCUGGAGGACGUGGGCGACGCCGAGCUGUCCGCCUACCACCGCAUGCGGCGGGUGCUGCUGCGGCGCACCUACCUGCGCUGGCCCCCCGAGCCCCCCGCCCAGCCCCUCUUCUGGGCGCGGCUGAAGAAGGCGUUGAGGUGGGGGGAGGGGAGCGAGGAGGAGGUGGAGAAAGGCUUGGGGGCAGGGACGGGUAGGUGUGGGGAGGGAGAGGAGCAGGCGUAGUUGGGGGGGACAAGUGGACAUUGGGUGGAGGAGAACCAGCCAUAGGGUGGAGGACACCGACUGGCCAUAGGGUGGAGAAGAACCAUCUAUAGGGUGAAGGCCAACAACUGGCCAUAGGGUGGAGAACCAGCCAUAGGGUAGAGAACCAACCAUAGGGUGGUGGAGACCAACUGGUCGUAGGGUGGAGAACCAGCCAUAGGGUGGAGGACAACACCUGGCCAUAGAGGUGGAGGAGAACUGGCUAUAGGGUGGAGGACAACUGCCUGUAGGAAGGCCCACAGUAGGGCUGUUCUCACCCCAAUCCAACUGUUCCCCUCCAAACAGACCCCAAAAUGGUUUAGCUGAUCCCAGCCUGCUGGUUCCCCUCCAGUCAGACCCAUAAAGAUUUUUAUCACACCAAAACACCGUGCUCCCCUUCCAAAGGACCCAAACACGGCUUUUCUCAGCCCAAAAUACCAGAUUCCCCUCUGAAAUGAUCCCAAACCAGCUUUUCUCACUCCAAAGCACCUGUUGCCAUACAGGACACCCUCCCUCCCCCCCCCCAAAAAAAAGCUUUUAUUACCCCAGACGGCCAGAUUCUCCUCAAAAAGAACUGAAAUCUGGCUUUUCUCAUCCCCAAAAGCCUGUUCCCCUCCUGAAGGAUCCAAAAAUGGCUUUUCUCAUCCCAAACCGCCAGGUUGCACUCUUAAAAGACCCAACAAUUGUUCUUCUCACCCUAAACUGCCAGGUUCCUUUCCAAAUGGACCCCAAGACAACUUUUCUCAACCCAAAAUGCCACAUGCCCCUCUAAAAUGUUCUGAAAGGGGUUUUUCUCACCCCAGACCACCAGCUUUCCCACCUAACAGACCCAAAAAAGGCUUUUCUCACCCCAGACUGACUCUUCCCCUCCAAAAGGAUCCCAAAAGGGCAUUUCUCCCCACAAACUGACAGGUUCCUCUCCGAACAGACCCAAGAACAGCUUUCCUCACCCCAAACUGUCUGUUCCCCUCCAGAAUGACCCCAAACCAGCUUUUCUCACCACAAACUGCCAGGUUUCCCGCUGAAAAGACCGCAAACUGGCUUUUCUCAACCCAAAGCAUGUGUUCUCAUCUCAAAGGACCCAAAAAGUGGUUUUUUUUCUCCCCUAAAGCAGGGCUUGGGGGGCAGUUCCCACAAGGUGCCACUGCCCUGGGGUGUUGAAGCCUCUAUUGUAAGGGGGGUGGGGGGGCAAUAAAGCAAAGAUCCCCCU